AUGCACGCGACCGGAGAUCCUGCAGAGCGACGGAAUAUUUACGACUCUGGGGCCCAAAUCCAUUCACCAGCGUGCUCGGAGGAUGCAGUGGAAACGGCAUCCUCGUGCUACAGUCGCAGGACUUCCGUGACCAGUUUUGGCUCCGAUCCCAUCGAGAGCCCCUAUAAAUCGGCCGAUGCAUUUUCGGUGAACUCUCCUACGGCUGCAGGAGUCUUUGAUGAUGAUGCAGCGCUCGUGCAUUGCUCGGCGUCCAGGCUAGUCGUAAAAAAGCCCUCACUGGCUGAGGUCAGAAACAAGCCCCUCCCGCGAGAACCCCCCAUCGAACUAGCACCCCUGCCCCCCUCGCGCAAUCGCUGUGGUGGUGGCUUUGGUGCGAGCACCCUGGUCAAUGACAAAGUACAAAAUGCUCGUCCUCCCCCGACCCUCUCCCAGGCGGCCGAGGAAUUGGAGAAUGUUUUGGCAGGAAUAACCAGACAGCGACAGCAUGGGUCUCAUUCCUCUCAGUCUGCACCCCUUCUCAAUAGUCCGUUACAGAUAAGCCGGGGUAAUAUGGACAUGAUCGCGACUCGACCAGCUCCAAAGCCUCCGACCAAUAUCGCUCCUGCCAGCUCCAUCAGUAUCUCACAACAAAAAUCUUUCAAAAGAUCACCGCGGGAUCUACGGAGAACAAUGAAGAGGUCUCCCAAGAAUAAAGGGGCGUUUUCGCUUAUGCCCAGCUUCAGUCGCAAGUAUAGCAGCCCCCAUCUGCGCUCCUUUAGCAGCUCGACCUUGAAGUCCGACGUGGAAUCGCAGCCCUUUCGCGUCCCCCAUUUCUCAGAAACAAUCGAAGAUGACGCAGCGAACGGGUCUGAAGUCGCUGAACUUCCAGGCCUGGUGGUCCCCUCCCAAAGGCAACGCCCGUCAUCCUUCUGCAGUGAAAGGGAAUUGCGGUUAAAGUUACCACGUCUACAAACGAAGCAAGUGCGCAGCCAUGAGGACCUCAUCUCCAGUUCCAGUUCUGCUGGAGAUAAAUCAAAUACCGACAACCCGGUUCACACACCUGGAAGCCGGCCGGACAAUGUGGAGGAGAAAAUCUUUAUUUCGUCGAGCAGGCCAGGACGAUCGUGCACGCUGGAUUCGCUUUGCGAAUUGGAAGGCGCAGUGCCCCAGAGGAUGACAUUGCCUCAGGAGAUGGUUUUUGAGCUUGAUGCCGGAUUGCCUUCUCCACAAGUCAAAGUUACUGUCGCCGUUCAUCUACCUCGUGAUGCCAUGACCGGCCAUUUGCCAGACGACAUUGUCAUGUCGAUUAUGGAAGCCGUCUCAUCACUUGAUGAUCUGUUCAACCUUGCAACUGUCUGCAAGCAAUAUUAUCGCGUCUUCAAAAGACAUGAAUUGCAUCUCAUGAGGAAUACACUCUUUCGAAUGUCUCCGCCAGCUUGGGAGUUGCGGGAGAUGAGCCCUCCAUGGGACAGCGAAUGGCAGAUUCUAGUUGAUCCUGACGCUCCAGUCCCAGAAUAUACCCCAGCUCUCUAUCUACAACGUUAUGCUCAAGACAUCUAUACCCUUGCUCAAUUAAAAUCACUCAUCCUGGCUCGAUGCAACACCUUCGUUCGUCAGGAAACAAUCAACGGCCUUACGGGUAAAGAUGAAACCCGGGCCACAGAAAUCGACGACGCUUUCUGGCGAAUUUGGACCUUCUGUCGAAUCUUCGGCUGUGGCAAGAACCGAGAGAACGACAUCAUGGGGCAGAUGGACUGGUUGAAUGGCGGUAUCAUAGCCAAGGACUGUAACAGCAUCGUAUCGACGUCGGUCACUGAACCCUUUGGCAUGAACAAUGUCCUCUUCGAGCCACCAGCUGGAUUUGGGCGCGGAAAUGCAGGGGGGCUCUCUCAAAGUCAGCUCUACGAUAUAACGGAAAUUUGGACCUGUCUAGGCGUGUUGCUUCAACCUAUUCAUGGUCAACGCGAGGAGGCUCGCAAAGUCGGCAUUUUUGACGGCCUUGGAAUUGCGGAGAAUGACACCGUCAAGGAAGAAGCCACAAUCGAGGAGUGGACAUAUUAUGUCCUUACUCUCGGUCCAUCCGCAGUUCUGAGCAUUGGCUCCAUCUGCCCAGUCGAUAACGCGGAAGUUACAUUCCGAACAGCUCGCUCAGUCGGUCUGACAAAAUGGGAGCCUUCCGACUCCGAUAUCAGUCGCUCCACAUUCAUCAAAGAGGCCGUGUCUAGAACCUACAAGGCUCGCGAAGGAAACCUAUCUCUGCCAUCCUCACGAUCAUCUCGUCUCUCCAACGCUAGUUCCCGAUCCUCCGGAUCCUCCUCCAGCCAGGAGAAUAGCUCUCAAACCAACACCAACUCAACCGACAGCAAACAAAGCAACCGUCGCAGACAAGCCGUCUUCGCAGCCCAGCUUCGCAGCCGUCGGGCCCAACAGCAAAAUGCCCCCGGCAACCCCAUCACCUUCGCCGAUGAGCGCCCCAUCUCCAGCUACGCAUUGAUCAUGCGACGCCUCGAGGGCCUCCCUUGCGAGCAGCAGCAGCAGCAGCCCCCACCUCUCCCCAACCAGGCCCAGGCAUUCUCCUCCACAGCGCAAAUCCCCCGUUACUGCCCCCCACCCGUCCAAUAUUUCCCACCUCUUCCUCCCCCGCCUCCACCAACCGCCACCUGGCCCGCCCCCGCCGUCCACCAGCCCCAGGUGCUCGACCCCGUCGACCAAGCCAUCCACAUGAUGACCCACGAGCUCGGCUUCCGCGAAGAAGAUGCCAAGUGGGCGCUGAAGAUCACUGACAGCGGCGAAGGCAUCGACGCCAAUGCUGCAAUCGCGCUGCUCAUGCGUGAGCAUACCAAGUGCGAAAAACGGCGCAACAGCCGCUUCUCGUUUCGGUCGAAGAAUCCUACCGUUCUCGAGUCGGUGAUCAAAAGCAAGGAAUCGCUGAAUUCGGGAUGGAGGUGGGCGUGA